CUGCGUCGCUGCAGGUCAAGAUGGCUUCUCAGCAGCAACAACCUGGUGGGUCUCAGCCCGGAGUACAACAGCCCACUUCAUUACAACAACAACAGCAGCAACUGAGUCAACAGCAGGACUUUGAUCCAGUUCAUAGAUUUAAGAUGCUAAUUCCACAGCUGAAGGAGAGUCUACAGAAUUUAAUGAAGAUUGCAUCCCUGAAUUUGAACCACAACACGGCAAUUGACAACGGCGUCAAAAGCAGCGACGCCUCUGUUCAGCGCUUUGACAAAAGCCUAGAGGAGUUUUAUGCCCUUUGCGAUCAACUGGAGUUGUGUUUGCGGCUGGCGUAUGAGUGCCUUUCCCAGAGCAUUGACAGCGCCAAACAUUCACCCAACCUGGUCCCAACAGCUACCAAGCCAGACACAGUACAGACAGAGUCCAUGUCUUAUGCCCAGUACCUCGGCAUGAUCAAGUCUCAGAUCUCCUGCGCCAAAGAUAUCCACAACGCUUUGCUGGAGUGUUCCAAGAAGAUUGCAGGAAAGGGACAGCCUCAGGGAAUCAUGUAGACUUGCAGCAACUGUUCCAACUCUUUUUGCAUCUGGUGACUUUUUCUGGGGUCAGAUGAUGGGUAUCAUAUUUGGGGCUGUUCCAUAUGCAGGUCUCAGUUUUCCGCUAUAUGGUUCAAGAUGCUGUUUAAUUUCCCAAGAUCUUGUGUAUUUAGUUUUGAUUUUUUUUUUUUUUUUUUUUUGGAAAUAAUUUAUGUUUCUUGUAAGCGCUGUGUAAAUAUUCUCAUCAAGAAAUCAUGUUCUGAGAUGACCAGCAGGUGGUGGCAGAGUUGUACUUGCCACCUCAACAUUCACAGGCCUUUUGUAGCUUAUUUGUAUUAAACAUUAAAAACCUUUCUACCUA